UUAUUAGUGCUGGUAUUUAAUAUUUGUACAGCCAUAACAAGUUAAAUAUUGGAACUACGUCCUCUCUAGUACUCCUCUCCCGACAGUUCCUGAGGGUGUCUCUGUGAAGGAACAAAUGCCUCAAUCCAAAACUGGGACCUUCAGAGCCUGCCUUCAGCUGCCUCUCCAUCUGGAAGCACUAGCAGCCCUCUGCAAGAUGCUUCCAGAGUUGUUCAGGCUUGUCAAGGCUCAGCAGCAAAGCUCCAGACUUGCCUGUGUGCCCUGUUGGGAUUCCUACACCAUGCAUGUUCUCCGUGGCCUGAGGCGUGCUGCCCUUUCCAAGACACAGAUGCAGCAGGCUCCCUACUCUCCUGGCACCAGCUUGGUGAGCUGCGGAGGGGAGGCUGAAUUGAGCGAGGGAGGUCCAGCUCCCCCUGCCAGGUGUGCAUGGUAGCAGUCACUGCUGGGCAGUGGCCUUGGGUUUUGGCAACUCCUCUGCAGCAGGUCUUGUGUUGUGGUUAGUUUGGUCGCAAGUUGAAGCACACAGGUCCGGUUGGUGAUGUAUGUAUGAUCUCUGAGAUACCUGUAACCGUAAUCCUUUUUUUUCAGGUGUCUGUUGUUAAGAGUGGUGUCUUCUGUAUGCUAGAGGCUUGUGACAGUUCUUGAAUGAAACAAAUUUUUAGCUCGAGGUCACAUUUGGGAAAUUUUGUUUUAUUUGUCUGGAAUUCCCUUCUGUUUUACACUGGAUACAUUAUUCAACAUCCUCUGUCAUAAUACGUUCUGUAGUGUUUAAAGGUUGUUGCCUUCUUUCUGCUGCAGGCUGUGUUUCAGUGAUGGGUGAAGUGAUGCUUCUAAUAGGUAGUUUUGUAUCAUUUUGUCAGGUACUUUGGGAUUGUUUUAUGAAAGACUACGUAAGUGUCAUUUAUUAUUAUGAAUGCAUCUCAUGUUUGGAAUUUACCAGACAUAAUAUUUGCCAUCCUGUCACCAUCAUCACAUUCAUUUUCAUAGUUAUAAUCAAAGGUGGCAACAAUGGCAUUCAGAUGCUUAAUUAUACUUCAUGUAGGUGACCAGUGCUAACUUAUUAAAUUAAUGCAUGGUGCAGCAGGAACAAGUGUCACAGCUUCCCUCUGUGGUUAGGGAGCCAUCAGCUUGCUUCUCACACAUAAAAAUCAGUAUACAGUGAAGCAUAUGGCACCAGUGAGUUCUGUGUUUAUUAAAGGACUAUUCCUCCGAACAUUCUGUGAAUUUUUUUCCUUAUUUCACUUGAUGUAGAUCUAAAAUGUUUUUCCUGUCUUUCAGGACUUGAAAUACUGAACAAAUUCAUUUUUUUGUUAGAUGAAACCAAGACUUCUUAAGGCUCAUGAAAACAGUGAGACUUCUGCUUGCAUCAGACUGGCCACCUGUCUGGUAUGGGGAGGAUUAGAGAUCCAUGUAGACUGUGGAAACCUAAGGUUGAAGUCCCUGGUUUGAUUCAGAGCAGUUUUGAACUUCUUAACAUUUUCUGCAUUUCUGGAGAACUGGAUUGCCAGCUGUGUUGGAAGGGAAAGGGAGUAUCCCAUCCCUCUAGUUCCAAGAAGAAAUUACAUCUUCUCAAAACUGAGCAGAAGUGGAUUUUGAGAAGGGCAUACAGCUUCCAUUUCCUGACACAAAGCCACAGUCCAAAGGCUUUUCUCCAGGUUUGUGCACCCUGCAAGACCAGUACUGAGCUUGUUCUGGUGUGGCAGUUCAACUGUGAGGAAGCAAUCUGCUUUAGAGAUGCCUGGCUCAAAGCCUGGCUGGAGCCAGAAUGUGAUCCUCAAGCCUUGCAAAGCCUGAAGGUCUGUCUGCCACAAGCUGAGCCACAGAGGGAAGCCGCUGAAACAGAUGCUGUGAGGGAGGAGCUGCUGCAUUUUAAAGCAGCAGGUGGUGGGACGAUUGUGGAAAACACAACUACAGGAAUUGGCCGGGAUGUGAAUACUUUGAAGAAACUUGCGGAAGAAACUGGAGUUCAUAUUAUUGCUGGUGCUGGGUUUUAUGUGGAUUCCACUCAUUCUUCUCAAACACAGGCCAUGACAGUGGAGCAGCUGGCAGGGAUUAUUGUUGAUGAGGUACUCAAAGGAGCAGAUGGGACUAAUAUCAAGUGUGGUGUGGUGGGAGAAAUAGGUUGCUCCUGGCCUUUGACUCCGAGUGAACACAGAGUGCUUCAGGCAACAGCACAGGCUCAGUCCCAGCUUGGGUGCCCUGUUAUCAUCCAUCCUGGCAGGAACAGCGACUCACCUUUCCAGAUUAUCCGCAUUCUGCAGGAAGCUGGGGCUGAUGCUUCAAAGACAGUCAUGUCUCACCUCGACAGGACCAUAUUUGAUACAAAGGAACUUCUCGAAUUUGCUAAACUUGGAUGCUACUUAGAGUAUGACCUAUUUGGUACAGAAUUCCUUCAUUACCAGUUCCAUCCGGAUAUUGACAUGCCGAGCGACAAUGAAAGAAUUGCAAGGAUUCGUAUGCUGAUUGAUGAAGGCUAUGAAGACAGAAUUCUGAUGGCUCAUGAUAUGCACACCAAGAACAGGUUGAUGAAAUAUGGAGGUCAUGGAUAUUCACAUAUCUUUAAAAAUAUAGUUCCUAAAAUGCUAAUUAGAGGCAUAUCCCAAGAUAAAAUUGAUAAAAUACUCCUAGCAAAUCCAAAGCGGUGGUUGACUUUUAAGUAGGAAUAAUGAAUAAGUAUGCCUGUUUUAUAGGGAAGCUUGAUAAAAUUCAGAUUUCAGGAGAGCAGGCAUUUUGAAUUUUUUUUUUCAGAGAAACUGAAAAUUAUUAAGUAGAUACAAACAAACUGAUUAUAACUUUUCUUUUUAAUUAGAACAUCAAAAUUGUGUACUGUCUCUACACUUUGUCCCUUCUGAAAGUUUGUUCGUGAAUGAUUUACUGAUUCUGAGCCUACCUACAAGAUCUUUUCAACUGAAAUUUUAAAAUAAUUGUUUCAAAAGCAUAGUCUAAUACUGUUACUGAAUGUUACCCCCAAACUACUUUUGAAGAUGCAUAACCUGGACUUGGAAGGAAAUUAUAGUUUUCAGUUAAAUUUCCUGUCUCGAGGGGCUGAUUUUAAUCCUUGUAAUACUGACAAUCUUCUCAUUGUCCUUAUGUUCUUUAAGUGAUACUUGAUGAAAUGUCUGGAACUUUUAAAUAGCUUCCAUAGACAAGAGAAGGCAAGAGGAAUCUCAAAUAAAUCUAAAAAGAUAAUGUUUCUUUCUAGUUUAACAAUUUACUUAAUUGUAACUGAAAAUGUAAAAAAUACAUGGAAAAAUAUAUUUUUGAAUAAAGUAUUUUGAUCACCUCUUAAA